AGAACACUUCUUUUCAUCAAAUAUUAAUGAGAUGCAUAUAUAAAGUUGUACUCUAGCAGAGGCCUGCUCCUCUUUUGUUUCUCUUGGUCUUGUGUUUUCUUCACCUUCUCUCACUCUCUUCCAUCUUCUUUUCUAUACAUACACCUAUACACACAAACAUACAUCUAUCUAUCUCUUUACAAAUUUAAAACAAGAUAGUACACAACCUUUUAUCUCUCUGCUGCUUAUUUUCUGGGAAAAUGAAGAAAUACACAAAAACUUGAUAUAAAAUAUACACACAUAUAGAUACAGAAGAAAGAAAGGUGGGUAUUAAAGAAAGAUGAGAACUUUGUGUGAUGUGUGUGAGAGUGCUGCUGCUAUCAUCUUCUGUGCUGCAGAUGAAGCUGCCCUUUGUCGUGCUUGUGAUGAAAAGGUACAUAUGUGUAACAAGCUUGCUAGCCGACAUGUACGGGUUGGACUUGCUGACCCAAGUGAUGUGCCGCGGUGUGACAUUUGUGAAAAUGCGCCUGCAUUCUUCUACUGUGAGAUCGAUGGGAGUUCUCUCUGCUUGCAAUGUGAUAUGGUCGUUCACGUUGGGGGAAAAAGAAAACAUGGAAGAUAUCUAAUGUUGAGGCAAAGGGUUGAGUUCCCUGGGGAUAAAGCUGGAAGCAAUGAUGAGCUAGGUUUGCAACCUAUUGAUCCAGGUGAAUCAAGGAGGGAAUCUAAUUACCCAUUCACGUUUGUGACAAGAGAAAACCAGCAAAAUCAAAGAGCGGAGAACCAACAGAAUCAGCAAAAUCAUAGGGCUGAACACCAGCAAAAUCACAGGGUUGAGGACCAGCAACGAAGGGUUGAAAACCAACAAUAUCAUAGGACAGCACCUGUUCCAAUGCUCGAUAAUGUUGAUGAUGGUGGUCGGAAUAUGGACACAAGCUUAAUUGACCUAAAUGCCAGGCCCCGAAACGUACAUGGCCAGACUUCAAACAACCAGGAACAUGGAAUGGAUAUCCAAAGUGGUGGUGAUCAUGAAUCUGAAAGCGUGGUUCCAGUAAGGUCUUUCAUGAGAGAGACUUGAAAAAGAUCGAGUACGGAUACAUUUCAAAGAAGUGAUAUUCUUGCUCUAGGAACACCAUGAAUUAUCUGAUGUCCCAAAGUCUAGAGUCUGACAGAAUAUAAACUCAGCACGUGAUAGCUGGUGCUACAGGCUUCAUAUGCUGAUGAAAUUUGUUGUGUUGGACGAAUUAGUUGUACCUGACGUUACAGUUGGUAUGCUUGUAUUUUGUGCUGUUGGUACAAUGUUUUGCACAGUAACUUGUAGCAGAUAUAUAUAAUAUAUGGGACGGUAGAAGUCCAGGGAAACUAAGUUAUAAGAUUCUGUCAACAUUUUAGUUAACUUUCCUUGAAGUUUCUGUAAUUUGCAAUUUUGCUGUGUUGUGCUUCA